AUGGCUGAAGAAUUAAUUACGGAUAUUAUUGAUCCUCCGGAAAGUAUACUGGAUGAAGUGUUGGAUGAAACUGAAACAUCAGCAUAUCAACCAUUGAUAGAUCGGCUAGAGAAAUUAAAAGCUCUACCAACAAAAACUAGCCAAUUGAAGAAAGAAAUGUGGUCACAAUUCUUAGUUCUGUGGUGUGAAAUUCUUCAGAUCCUACCGUCUGAUGCUCAAUCAUGUUAUGUAAAAUGUGCUCAAGCUCUACCUCGUCUUAUCAACGCUAGCAAUUUUCUUUUCAUACGAAAAGAUGUGAACAUCGCUCGAAACAGCUGUUUUUCAUGUAUUACUCAGCUCAAUCAUCCGAAUAUGAGAUAUUUUCUUCAGUUAACAACAGAACAGCAGGGUUUACCAGAGAAUAAGAUUUAUUACAAGCAUAUUUACUAUCUUCUACGGAUUGCAACACAAACAGUAUCAUUUCUACCAUUUUCGACCGUUGAAGACCGACAGUUUAUUGAAAAGCAUGCCGACUUAUAUCGUCUGUUGAUUGAAAAAAUCGAAGAAAGUAUGCCCGACCAUUGUCAAACAGUUGAAGAAAAAAAUCAUUCAUUAGGUAUUAUUAUUUCACGACAUCUGAGUUUAAUUUGGAAUACAGCCGAUCGAACCGUACUUAUUCCGAUAUUAUUAAGAUGUGAUCUCGCCAAGAAAAGUGUCGGUUGGCUUGCGCAAGCCUCAAAGCUGACAGCUAAUAGUCGUCGACCUCUGAUUAGUAUUAUUCAUAAUACUGCUCGGCAUGAUGAUGGUGUCGAUGAACUCAAUAAAUAUGGAGCGAUUGAAAUCAUCAAACAGUAUCAGAAAACUAAAAUAGAGAAGAACGAUGCACCAAUUUUGAUCACUUCAAUGGUUUUAGCGCUUCUUUCUACACCUGAAGAAUUGAAACGUGAUCAACAAGGCAUGAAUAUUGUGCUCAAUCAAUUGUUGCAACUUGUUAUGAAUGCUGCCAAAGGUGAUCGCUAUCGACGGGACGGUUUUCAUGUUAGUGAACCAUUAUGUGUCUUAGUGAAAAUGUUCGUCGUCGAAGAACGUACACUUGACUUUAUCCUGUGUCAUGCUGAAACACGGCCCCCAUCGGAUAUGCAUUCGAAGAUACGUCUAUUCGCGUCGUUACUCUUCAAAUUUGCCGAAGCAUUAAACGGAACCGAUCUACUAGAACAAUUUACAUUGACAGCCUUAUUAAAUAUUUUCUGGAGUAUAUCGUUUCAACAGACCUAUUCAGCAGAGUUAAUUCAGGACCAAGAAUUUAUUGCAGCGAUUCGAAGAUUCGUCGAGGAUGAUCAAGAAAAUGAAGUUCUCGAACAAUAUAAACCACGAUCGAUGGAAGGUGUGAAGGAAGCAGCACAUGGCAUUCUACACAAUCUCAAUCUAGACAGUAAACAUGAGUUGGUACUUAACAGAGAGAAUAUUUCUGUCGAUGAUUUCAUUUCGGAUACAAUAGAAAAAAAAUCCACUAAACCAUCGAUUAUGAUUAGUUAUUGUCAUGCAGAUAAUCCUUUUUGUAGUCAAGUGUUUGAUUUACUAAGUAAACAUAGUGAUGCCUUUGACAUAUGGAUUGAUCGAACACAUUGUCAAGGAGUUGAAGAUUUAUGGGAGUCAAUUGCCGACGGUAUGGAACAAGCAUCGAUUAUUGUAUGUCUUCUUUCCGGCCAAUAUUUUGAAAGUAAAUCAUGUCGAAAAGAAUUUAUCUAUGCUACCGAUUCACUCAAGAAAAAAAUCUUACCCGUACUAAUUGAACAGUUCGAACCGAAAGGAUGGCUUGGUAUUCGAAUGACUGGUAUAAAGUAUGUCCGUUUUCGAGGAUCGUUCGAAUUGGAACAAAAUAAAAUAGCUGAAUUGAUUAAUACAGUUCUUUCGUCACUUUCUCCAACUAAAGUACUCGUUAAUGAGAAUCUCUCAGCACAACCACCAAUAAGUCAUGCAACGUUACCACCACGUCAUGAAUCUUCGAUAUCAACUAAUAAUAUUACCGCUCAGCUGACUUCCUUGAAUGCUCUCAGUCCAGUCGACCAAUGGACAUCAACUAGUGGCGAUAUUCAUAUGUGGUUUGCUUACAAUCAACUAUCAACACAAUUUCGUGAUUUAUUUAACUUUCAAACUGGCGAAGAAAUGCUCAACUAUGCGCAAAUGUUAGUCAAAGAUCGUGAAAAACAUAUGAAUACAUAUGCAAGAAUCUUUGCUCAGAAAUACAACGGUGCCGAUAUGCCACCGCAUGAAUUUAAUCGAUUUGCAACUGCUUCAGAAAAAUUGCUAAGAGAUAAUCGUCCGGCGUCUCUCAAAACAGAUAAAUCAAAUAUAUGUACUAUUUUGUAA